AUGGCUCUGUCAUAUCAACAAACCAGGCUCAUCCGGGGCACCAUCCCCGCCCUCACCGACCACGGAGAGCGCAUCACCACCAUCUUCUACCGCAACAUGCUCCGUGAUCACCCCGAGCUCAACGACUACUUCAACACCGUCAACCAGGCCAACGGUCGCCAGCCUCGUGCCCUCACCGCCGUCAUCCUCAGCUACGCCAACAACAUCAACCACAUCACAGAGCUCAUCCCCAAGAUGGAACGCAUGUGCCACAAGCACUGCUCCCUGGGCAUCAAGCCAGAGCAUUAUGGUAUCGUCGAGAAGUAUCUCAUCGCUGCCUUCGCUGAAGUCCUCGGUCCUGCCAUGACACCGCAGGUCAGAGAGGCCUGGCAGAAGGCCUACUGGAUGCUUGCCAAGAUGCUCAUCGGUCGUGAGGCUCAGCUCUACCGUGACUUUGGCAAGUGGCAGGGCUACCGCAAGUUCCGCAUCGAGAAGAAGGUUGAGGAGUCUGAUGACAUCUACUCCUUCUACCUCGUUCCUGUCGACGGCAAGCGUCUUCCUCCCUUCCAGCCUGGACAGUAUGUCUCUGUUCAGGUGCCCAUUGCCGACAAGGGCUAUGUCCAGUCUCGUCAGUACUCCCUGAGCGAGGCUCCUCGACCCGACUACUACCGCGUCACCGUCAAGCGAGACGAAGGACUUCACAUGACCCGCAGCGGUCGAUAUCUCGGAGGCGAUGCCCUCAACCCCGGUGUUGUCUCUAACCUCCUUAUCGACAUGAAGGACGAGGGCGAUAUUGUUGAGUUAACUCAUCCCGCUGGCGAGUUCUACCUUGACAUGUCCAACACUUCCAACGUUCCCAUCGUUCUCAUCUCUGCCGGUGUUGGUGUCACUCCUAUGAUGUCCAUCCUGAACACCGUCUCCGAGCGCCAGCCUCACCGUCCUGUCUCCUGGAUCCACGGCUCUCGCCGCUCCGUUCCCUUCUACGACCAAGUCCGACGCAUUGCCCGCAAUCGCCCCAGCUUCCGCACCAACAUCUUCAAGACCCAUCUCGCCGAGUCUGACGUCUACGGUAUCACCUACGAUCACGACUUCCGCAUGGAUCUUGCCAAGGUCGACAAGGAAGACCUCUACCUCUGCAACAGCUCUACCGAGUACUACAUCUGUGGACCUGAGCAGUUCAUGCUCGAGAUGGCCGAGUACCUCAAGGCUCAAAAGGUCGAUGCCCCUCGUAUGCAUUUUGAGCUCUUCAGCACUGGUGACAUGGAGUUCAAGGUCGAUAACCUGAGCAUUGGCUCUGCGUCAAAGGCAAAUUCCAUCAACAGUAACGAGGCCAGAUGCCCCAGUUCCGGAGCCAUCUCUACAAAUGGUGCUACCUGCCCCUUCUCAUGA